AUGACAAAAAAUGGGGUGCCAACUGUUAUAUUAGAGGCGGUUGUUUCACAAGACUUAUGGUUUUGGAAUGCAUUCUUUGGUAUGGCGUGGUCCAACAACGACUUGAAUGUGUUUCAAGCGUCUCCGUUAUUUAACAACAUUUUGCAUGGUAAAACACUAGACAUGUCAUACGUUUCGAAUGAAAAUGAAUAUAAAUAUGAGUAUUACCUAGCUGAUGGGAUAUAUCCAAAGUAUGCUACAUUUGUCAAGUCAUAUUUAUUUUCAGCCGAUGAAAAACGAAAAUUGUUCAAGUUAGCACAUGAAUCUACACGGAAGGAUGUGGAACGGACAUUUGGAGUCGUAAAACAAAAGUGGCGCAUAAUCAAACAUCCAGCACGGACAUGGAAUAGGGCAAAACUAACGGCGGUGGUGACUGCUUGUGUUAUUUUACAUAACAUGAUAAUAGAAGAAGAGAGCAAUGCUAUUUGUUCAUAUACCAGGAAUGAUAUACUUAAUGCACAUGCGUUAAUUAAAAACAUAGAAAUUUAA